GUGUAACGUACACACUUUCGCGAUGUUUGUUUUAGUGUAUGUAUCGUCUGUACUCAUGGGAAAUAACCAUGCUGUAAACAGGAGUCGCCGUGGCAAACCUGCCCGCCCAACAAACGUUGUGAAUUCGCAGUAAGGAGCACGAUGGCGGCUGCUGAGCACGGCCAGGAGGAAAGAGAAACACAGGCUCUGGGGGACGAGGAGGAAGGGGAAGGCGAGGGAAUGGAAUCGGAGGGAGACGAGCGGGGAGAUGGCACGUCGGAGGGAACAGGACCGUCCUCCUCCGAUGAGGAAGAUGAGAAGGAGAAUGAAGCAGAAAUACAGCGGCUUGAAGAGCAGCUGUCUAUAAAUGCAUUUGACUACAAUUGCCACUUAGACCUUAUCAAACUGUUAAGGCAGGAGGGGGAGUUAGAGAGGCUAAGACGUGCCCGUCAGAAGAUGAGUGAACUUUUUCCACUAACUGAAGAGAUCUGGCUGGACUGGCUGAAGGAUGAGAUGAAAAUUGGAGGAGAUGAUUUCAGUCGGGAUUCUGUCUAUGAGCUGUUUGAGAAAGCUGUCAAAGAUUAUAUAUGUCCAGAAAUCUGGUUGGAGUAUGCACAGUAUUCUAUUGGAGGUAUGGGUGAAGAGGGCGGCAUUGAUAAGGUCCGUUCUAUAUUUGAGAGGGCUUUAACAGCUGUUGGACUCCAUAUGACAAAAGGAUCAACUAUAUGGGAUGCUUACAGAGAAUUUGAGAACGCAAUAUUGGGAACCAUACAGCCAUUGCCUGGUACUGUUCCUUCAGCAGAACAGCAGCAGAUGCUGAAUGUCCAACUUGAGAGGAUCCAUACUCUCUUCAAACGUCAGUUGGGUGUUCCCCUUCUAGAAAUGGCUUCCACCUAUGCGGAGUAUGAGGAGUGGUCAGAAGAACCUAUUCAGAAUUCUGUCAUACAGAAUUAUAAGAAGGCUCUACAGCAAGUGGAGAAGUACAAGGCUUAUGAGGAGGCACUGCUGGCUGCUGAAACACCAAAGUUGGCAGAAUACCAAGCUUACCUUGACUUUGAAAUGAAAGGAGGAGACCCAGCUUGUAUCCAGAUUAUUUUUGAACGUGCCUUGGCUGAAAACUGUUUGGUGCCAGAUCUUUGGGCAAGGUACACAGAGUAUCUUGACAGACAGCUGAAAGUAAAGGAUCUGGUGCUUUCCGCUCAUGACCGAGCUGCCAGAAAUUGCCCAUGGACUGUGGGUCUGUGGAAAAGAUAUAUACUCGCAAUGGAGCGUCACUGUGUAGAUCACAGCACUGUCACUGAAACGUUUGAAAAGGCUCUGAAUGCUGGAUUCAUCCAAGCCACAGAUUACGUUGAGAUUUGGCAGUCCUAUUUGGACUAUCUUAGAAGAAGAGUGGACUUCACAAAAGAUUCCAGCAAAGAGCUUGAAGAGCUUCGAGCUGCAUUUGUUCGUGCUCUUGAGUACCUUAAGCAAGAAGUGGAAGAAAGAUUCAGUGAAAGUGGAGAUUCUUCAUGUAGCAUAAUGCAGAUCUGGGCCAGAAUAGAGGCUCAACACUGCAACAACAUGCAAAAAGCCAGAGAGCUGUGGGAUAGUAUAAUGACCAAAGGCAAUUCCAAAUUUGCCAAUAUGUGGCUGGAGUACUACAACCUGGAACGAGCACAUGGUGAUAUUCAGCACUGUAGGAAGGCUUUGCAUCGCGCUGUCCAGUGCACUUCAGACUAUCCGGAACAUGUGUGCAAUGUACUUCUCACACUGGAGAGAACAGAAGGGUCUUUGGAAGACUGGGAUGCAGCUGUUUUGAAAAUUGAAACUAAACUUUCACGUGUCAAAGAGCAGCGUGCAAAGGCUGCUGAGAAAGAAGCAACUUUUGCUAGGCAAGAAGAGGAAAAGGCUGAACAGAGGAAAAAGACACGAGCAGAAAAGAAAUCUGCAAAGAAAGUAAAAAAGGUGAAACCUGGAGACAAACGCAAAGCAGAGGAUGAAUAUGAAGAUGAAGAGUGGGGCGAUGAGCCAGCUGAGCGGCCCAGUAAGAAGUCUAAAGGAGAAGCAACAUUUGAAGACCAUGAGAUAGAAGAUAUGGAGACUGAAAUAGGGCUGUUUGGCAGAAGCACUUCCACUACGGUCCAGUCAGCAGCCAAGCAGAAGCCCCCUGCAGCAAAGGAACCGCACAAGGUCCUUCAUGGCAUUAAUAAGGACACUGUAACUGUGUUUGUCAGCAACUUGCCCUUCAAUAUGCAUGAGCCAGAACAACAGCUUAGAAAUAUGUUUUCUGGCUGUGGGGAAAUCUCCCAAAUCCGAGUAGUCCAUAGUAACAAAGGCUUCUUCCGUGGAUACUGUUAUGUUGAAUUUACAGAAGAAAAAAGUACUCACGAUGCACUGAAACUGGAUCGGCAAGAGGUCAAUGGGAGACCCAUGUUUGUUUCUCCUUGUGUGGACAAGAACAAGAACCCAGAUUUUAAGGUGUUCAAAUACAGCACAGCUCUGGAGAAACACAAGCUGUUUGUGUCUGGGUUACCAUAUUUCUGCACUAAAGAAGACCUGGAAGAAAUCUUUAAGGAACAUGGGACCGUUAAAGAUAUGCGUCUGGUAACCAAUCGUUCUGGGAAGUCGAAGAGAAUGGCAUAUAUUGAAUAUGAAAAUGAGACCCAGGCUUCACAGGCUGUUAAGAAGUUGGAUGGCACAAUAAUCAAGGAGCACAAAAUUAAGGUGGCAAUUAGUAAUCCUCCAAUGAGAAAACGGACAGGGGAAACUGCUCUGUCGUCAAUGCCUAUGAUUCCACGACAAACGUAUGGAGCAAGGGGUAAAGGAAGAACCCAGGUAGCUCUUUUGCCACGCUCACUACAUCGCCAAAAUGCACCGACCACCACAAAAACAGAAAAUGGUACUCCGCUACCACAGACCUCCUCUGGUGCUGAAGGAGAACCUCGAAAAAUGUCCAAUGCAGACUUUGCCCGGAUGCUGCUCCAGAAGUGAUUAUGCAGAAAGAGAAGCCACAGUCCGUAUGAUGGGAAAAUGUGAACGAGUUGAUACCCUUUGUGUCCUUAUUCAUCACUGUAGCUGCCCACAGCUCCUCUGAAUGAUUGAACUGCAGAAUCUGCCCUGUUGGGCUGUAGAGUUGGGGAUUAAUACAUACAGUUUGUUCUGGGUUUCUUUUUCUUUUUCUAGUCCCUAUUCUGAUUUACCUUUUAUUUUUUUAAUAGCACAGACUGUAGGCUUCCUCAUUUCCCUCAUAUUGAGGCAGGCAAGGCAAUGUAGGAGCAGCUAUAUAUCGGUCUGUUUGGGUAUGUUUUUACGCCUGUUGUUGCGGACUGUUUAUUGAUCACACAUUGUUGCAAAGGUCGCAAUGGAACAAACCCAAAAUGGGUAUUUUAUGUUUUUCCCUUUUUUCAUGUUUUUUUUUUUGUUUUUCCCUGUGGAAUUUACAGUAUGUUUGCGUUGGACAAAACUGGAUUAAACUAUUUGCUGUUCCUAUGUCAUUCUAA